AGGAACGGACUAGAUCUGUUGUCUGAAACAAUUCACCCUGUUUUCAAGUUGUCUUGCUAUGGCGCAAGACGUUUCCACCGAAAAUGUGCAUUUACAGCAGGAAGAAGGUGCCGAAGACGUUUACAGUCCUCUGCGAGAUAUUUUGAAGAGAGAAGACGAAAAUGAUAGAAAACCAGAGAACAAUCUUGCAAACCAACUACUCCAUGCCCUCGGGAAAAAUGAUGCUUUCAAAUGUUGGAAACUUCUGGAAAGGAACCAUGCUAUGGUCCGGCUGGAAUACGAAUACUUCCAAAGUGACUGCAAGGAAGCCAACAAGAAAGAGCAGCAGAGGGAAUGGAGAUUUCAUUGUUUUGCUAUGGCGCAAGACUUUUCCACCAAAAAUGUGCAUUCACAGCUCGAAGGAGGUGCCGAAGAUAGUCCUCUGCGAGAUGUUUUGAAAACAAAAGAAGACGAGAAGAAUCUUGAAAACCAAUUACUCCGUGCUCUCGGGGAAAACAAUGCGAGCAUUUGUUGGGAACUUCUGAAAAGGAAUCAUGAUACGGUCAGGUCGGAAUACAAAAAAUUCCAAGAUGACUGCAAUGAAGCCAACAAGAAAGAGCAGCAGAGGGAAGGGAGAUUUCACUGCGACUGUCGGAAUUGCUGCACAAAAAUUAAAAACUUUUAUCGGGAUUGCUGCACGAAAAUGUCCAAUUUUCUUCGCAACAAUUGCAAAUGUUGUUGUUGUUCGAACCCCGAACCGCAAGGAUCAGAAGAAGACAGCAUAAAUGAUGAAACCAAACUUAAGUGGAUCAAAAUUCUUUCUAACCCUCUGUUCAUUGGUUUGGAAUGGCUAUGGAGAACAGGACCUCACUGUCAGUGUAAAUCUUGCAAGGAAGAUACGAAGUUGGAUGGAAAAGAAAAGAAAAAGAAGGAGGAUGUCAUAGAAAGUUCUCUACAUGAUGCAUAUCUACUCGAUGAAACGUCGUCUCUCAAGCACUACAAUAGCCGAGAUGUUUACAGAGAAUCGGCGGAGGCUUACGAAACGUUUGCUGCUGGCGUGCUGGAGAAAGCCUCCCAGAAUGAACUUUACCAGAUCAUGGAUAUAAAAGGAGAGGGCUGCCUGCUGAAAAAUAAUCCUAAUCAACACAGAAGUUUUAUUCAAAGUCUGAGCCUUCUCAAGAGUGCAGUCAAUAAGGGAAGGAAGAAGUUUGUUUCAAGUCCAAGAUGUCAAGCUAUCCUCGAUGCGAUUAUUUUUUACAAGAUGCGGGAUUGGCAGGACAAGAGCAUGGCAAAAAAAUUUUUUUGGUCCCUUUUGCAGUUUGUCGUCAUCUUACUUGUUACUCCUAUUUACGUUAUCGUUCGACCAUUCAUGAAGACAUGUUGCAGAUGCCUUGAGGAAUUAUAUGAGCAUCCCUACAAUAAGUUUGCAAACCACAUCAGUUUUUACAUUGUAUUCCUGGGGCUGCUUUUCGCCUCAACUUUCGGCUUUGAACACGACGUCUAUGUCAUAACUAAGGAGCUCUUUCAGUUUGAAAUAUCAUUUUUGAUAAGUCAUCAGUUUGUUUCAAGUCCAAGAUGUCAAGCUAUCCUCGAUGAGGUUAUCUUUUACGAGAUGCGGGAUUGGCAGGACAAGAGCAUGGCAAAGAAAUUUUUUCGAUGCCUUUGCCAGUUUUUCGUCGUCUUACUUGUUACUCCUUUGUUUUACGUUUUCAUUCGACCGCCCAUGAAGAUAUGGCGCAGUCUGAGUGAUUUCGAAUGCCUUGCGUACGUAGAGAAGUUAUAUGAGUAUCCCUACAAUAAGUUUGCAAACCACACCAUGUUUUACAUUGUAUUCCUGUGCCUGCUUUUCGCCUCAACUUUCGGCUUUGAACACGAGUACAGAACAAGCACAACAGGGCUUUCAUCCAUUGAUUAUGCUGUCCUUUUCUUUUUGGUCGGUUUCCUUCUACAAGAAAUCUGGGAAGUUGCUAAACAAGGAUUCCGUAUCUAUAUCUCGAAAUGGUGGAAUGUUGUGGACACAAUGACACUUUUUACACUCCUGGCAGCUUAUAUAGUAUGGCUUGUCACAUGGCUAAGCGUUUAUAAAGAAUGGCAACCGAGGAAGAAUGCCUUCAUUGUGGCAGAUGUCUUGUAUGCCAGCGCCACAGUGUUAGCGUUCUUUCACCUGGCUCACGCAUUUCAAGUCAGCUCAACUCUUGGCCCUUUGCAGCUUUCAUUGUACAGAAUGCUGAAAGAUGUGGCCAAGUUUCUUUUCAUUUUUCUGAUGCUUUUCAUUGCAUUUGCAACUGGCCUCAUAAAAAUUUAUUCAUACUAUGUGGUCUCUCAAGUGAAACUUCGUGAAGAGGGCGAGAGUCAAUUCCAGGACUUCCAUCCAUAUGCUGAGCACGGGAUCACUUUCAUUGGCUUGUUCUGGUUACUACUUGGCAACGUGGAAGAAGACAAAAUAAGGGUUGAUGAUCCUGCCUUUUCCCUUACACAACUGUUUGGUCGCUUAUGUAUCCUCAUCUACGUCGUUUGUACCGCUAUUGUUGCUUUAAACAUGCUGAUUGCUAUGAUGAAUAACUCCUUCGACAGAGUUAUGAGUGAUGAGGACAAAGAGUGGAAGUUUUCAAGGGCUCAAAUAUGGUUAGAAUAUAUCGACAAAGGAAAUGCAAUACCAGUACCUUUUAACCUUGUGUAUUACACCUCUUUUGUCCUAAUAUUCAUAAUUGGAAACCUCGUUUGCUGGAUUGCAACGGCAUGCUGCGGAUGCAAAUGUAAUAAGAAGGCAGAAUUGUUCUGA